GACGCCGACGCCGACGCCUCCGCCCCUCCACCUCCGCCUCCGCCCCCGAGGCCGUCGCCGACGCCCUUUCGCCUCCCUCUCGCGACCUCUGCUCCGCUCUCUCCCUCUUUCCUCUGCGGAGCGCCCUUGCUGGCUAACCCCGACGCCGACGAACCCCUGAUCGCGUUUUGGCCUCCCUCUCCGCGAACGAAGGUCGCUCUCUCUCUUUCCUCCGCGAAUCGCCCCCUGCUCCUGAACGCGGACGCCGUCGACGCCGACGCCGUCGCCUCCCGCCGUCGCCUUCCCAAGCCCCACCGUAGGCACCCCAUUGGCGACUCCCGUACGUCCGGAGGAUUCCACUCAGUAGAAUUCAGAGGAAGAUUCAGAAGGAAGCAGUAGACCUUGUUUUUAUUCAAUAAGCAAAUCUGUUGGUUUUCUGGACAAAGAACUUGCUGCUAGUGGGUUUACUAGAAAAGAGCAAGAUGAUAUGGACAAGUUCGUCGAAGAAGAAAAGGACCAGGAUAUAUGUUAUGAUGAUGAAGAAGAUAGUGCUGGAAGGGAUGAAACAAUCAUGAGUGAUGUUGACUCUUUGCAUCUGCUGGAUCAGCCAGGGCACAUUGUAGAAGGAAAUGAGGAGGAAAUCAAAGAAAAUAGACAAAGAUGUGAAGGACAACUUAGCAAACCUUGUUGUGAGGGAUACUUCAAUGAGGAUGAAAGUGAAGAGAAUGCGAAUGAUGCUGAGUUGGUAAAGCGCCUGAACAAGCAGAGACGGCGAGCAAUUGCUGCUGUUCAUAGAGGAGGGAAGACCAUUGCUUCUAGAAAUUCUUACAAGGACAAAGGUGGAAGGUCAUCUCACAAUUCCAAAAUUCAAAAACAAUCUGAGGAACGAAUGAGGAAAGAGAUGGAAAGAUUUGAUCGUGAAAGAAGGAAGGAAGAAGAAAGGUUGAUGCGUGAACAGCAGAGAGAGGAGGAGAGAUUGCUACGUGAGCAAAGGCGAGAAUCAGAGCGACGGGAGAAGUAUUUACAGAAAAAAUCUAUUAAGGCGGAGAAAAAGAGACAAAAAGAAGAGCUUCAUCGAGAAAAAGAAGCAGAGAGACGAAAAGCUACAGUGGAGAAGGCCACUGCUCGCAGAAUUGCCAAGGAAUCCAUGGAGCUUAUGGAGGAUGAGCAGCUGGAGCUGAUGGAAUUGGCCGCUGCAAGCAAGGGGUUGCCUUCAAUUUUUAAUCUGAAACGUUUAGAAGUGAGGAUCUGGUUUAUAUUUCCUUGCACUUGAAUUUGCUUCAUGCUGUCAUUUUGUCGUAAAGGAGCUGAUUUUGACAUCUUGAAAUUAUAGCCAAUAGAUGCAUAGAUAUGUAUCUCCUGUUACUGUUUCUUAUUUCUGUAGUUACACGGAAGAAAAAGAGUUUCUGGUUUGUUGUACGGUGCUA